UGUGUGCAUGUGUGCGCGCGCGUGUGUGUGAGAAAGAGAGAGAGAGGAGAGAGAGAGAGAGAGAGUGAGAGAGAGGGAGACGGCGUGUGGAUGCGUCCAGCUAUGCAAAGACCGUGUCGUGGAGUUAUAUUGCCAUUACGCACUAUUACGCACUGACAGCAACUUUGAAGGAAAGAGCGCUCGGCGCGGAGGAGCGGAAUUUGUGGAUUCCUCGCGUUUGCAGGAAGAAAAAUAAGAGGUUUUUCAUUAACAAUCGGCCGAUCUCCAGCGGAACAGCUUGAUCUCCAGAGCACAGCAGAAUCCGGCUUCAUUCAGUCUUCCGCACAGGAAUGGUGGAUCACUUGCCGCUUGGUGAGGAGACCUUCCUGUAUUAUACCGGCUCUCCGGGGUCUGACUACGCCAAUGGUGGUGUGUCGCCAGGCAUCAUGGUAACUGACGCAUGCAUCUACCAUUGCCACCACCACCCCUACCAAGGGGUGACGCUCUCGUCCUCCCCUCGCCUCUCUGAGGACGACCUCAGCGACUCCUCAAGCCCACGUUCCUCCCUCUGCUCCAGCCCUGAGUCCUCCUCGCCGACGUUACGGCACGUUCUCGACUCAAGCUAUGAAAGCAGGAGCAGCAGGAGCAGUGGGAGCUGCAGCUCCUCAGGAGAGAGUCAGGACAGCCUGCUGGACCUCCUCCUCUCACAGGCCUCCCUCACCAAUGCCAGCAGCAGCUGUCAUUCUUCUCCCUUAUCUUCCUCUCUAUCCCUAUCCUCCCCAUCCCCUUCCUCCUCCUCACCUGCCCCACUCUUACCCAUGGGCCUGGCCUGGGAGUCCAAGCGAGAGCAGCGGCUGAGUCUCCUACACCAGCAGGCCAGAGAGGACUGUUACGAGUUCCCUGUCUUCCUGGACGAGAUGCAGGAUCCUGCAGCGUUUCUCUUUCAGCCCACCCUGGAGGAGAUAGAGGAGUUCCUGGAGGAGAACAUGGUGGUGGCGAUGCGGAAAGAAGAUGAGGGGAGCGACGAGGGGAUGUCAACAACGUCAGAGGAUGCUGAAGCGGAAAGUUCAAGGACAAUAGCUGGAGAUCACGUCUCGGUGUCGCCGAACUCAGAUCAGACUGUGCCUGUGGCUAAUUCUCCACUCUCCUCCUACACAGAGACCAAACACACACCAUGUGCUUCUGACAUGGACAGCUUGCCAUCAGUGGAUAUGAGUUGCAUAACUAGUUCGAGCCCUACGAGUAGUGGAGUUGAUGCAAUCAAACAAGAGGACUGUGGUUCACUGCCAGCCUCAUCAGAAGCUACCAGCGCUACACCCAGUGUGCCUGUCAUCCUACAGAUCCAGCCCAUUCAGAUCAAACAAGAACCCAACCCUAGUGCCAUAUCAGAUGCUGUCGCCCAGAAAACCCAAACCCAGACAACCGAAUCCCAGCCAACCCAGGCUCCAUCGGAUAUCAAAAUCGCCCAACUCCUGGUCAACAUCCAGGGGCAGACCUUUGCCUUGGUGCCUCAACUGCUUUCCCCGGCAAACGUUGCCGGCUCAUGCAAGAAUGGAAGCGUUGCUUCGUCCAAAUUUGUCCGGAUCGCGCCGGUUCCCAUCGCUGCAAAACCAAUUGGGCUCGGGGAAGGUGUGUUAGGUGCAGGUUCAGCAGCAGGGGUCCUCGCUGGAGGUCAGAGGUACCAGAAGAGUGCAGUAGCAGACCUUAUUAAAAUGCACAAGUGCUCUUUUCCCGGCUGUAAUAAGAUGUACACCAAGAGCAGCCACCUUAAAGCCCACCUGAGGAGGCACACGGGGGAGAAGCCCUUCGCCUGCACAUGGCCCGGCUGUGGAUGGAGGUUCUCCCGGUCCGACGAGCUGUCCCGACACCGGCGCUCCCACUCCGGAGUGAAGCCGUACCAGUGCAUCGUCUGCGAGAAGAAGUUCGCCCGCAGCGAUCACCUGUCGAAACACCUCAAAGUCCACCGCUUUCCACGAAGCAGCAGGACAGGACGCUCUGCAAACUGA